AAUUAAAUUCACUCCAAUUGAGGUGAAAUUCGAGCACACAGAUUUCACUCAAACCUCUCCUCACAUGACUGUAAUGGCUUCUCCUCCCCCCAAUGAGCAAGAGGAUGAGGAUAUGUUGGUUCCGCGAUCGGGAUUGGUUGAAGGGCCUCAGCCCAGGGAAGCAUCAGAGGCAGCAGAGAAUACUGCAGACAAUCAGCCAGCAGAGGAUCCUCGCACGGCCAAGUUUUCUUGGAAGAUUGAAGACUUCUCUAGGUCGAGUAUGAAGAAGCUAUACUCUGGAGUAUUUGACCUCGGUGAAUACAAAUGGCGGAUUCUUAUUUUUCCGAAGGGGAACAAUGCAGAAUUUCUAUCCAUGUACCUGGAUGUUGCUGAUUCUGCUUCCUUACCUUAUGGAUGGACUAGAUAUGCCCACUUCAGUUUGACCGUUGUCAAUCAAGUUCAUAGCAAGUAUUCAGUCAGGAAAGAAACACAACACCAAUUCAAUGCUCGAGAAAAUGAUUGGGGGUUUACAUCCUUUAUGCCACUUGGUGAACUCUAUGAUCCAAGUAGAGGUUAUCUUGUCAAUGACACCUGUGUAAUUGAAGCCGAGGUUGCAGUCUAUAAAGCCGAUCCAUGGUCAUACGAUUCAAAGAAAGAAACUGGUUUUGUAGGACUCAAAAACCAAGGGGCUACCUGUUACAUGAACUCUCUCCUCCAAACGCUAUACCAUAUUCCUUAUUUCAGGAAGGCUGUAUACCACAUGCCAACUAACGUUAAUGACAUGCCAUCUGCAAGCAUCUCUCUAGCCCUUCAGAGUCUAUUUUACAAGCUACAAUACAGUGGCAACAGUGUUGCGACAAAGGAGUUGACAAAAUCGUUUGGAUGGGACACAUACGAUGCUUUUUUGCAACAUGAUGUACAAGAGCUCAAUAGAGUUCUCUGUGAAAAGCUUGAAGAAAAGAUGAAGAGAACUGUUGUGGAAGGCGCUAUACAGCAGUUAUUUGAAGGUCAUCAUAUGAACUACAUUGAGUGCAUUAAUGUGGACUACAAAUCUAGUAGAAAGGAGUCGUUCUAUGAUCUUCAGCUUGAUGUCAAGGGCUGUCAUGAUGUCUAUGCUUCAUUUGAUCAGUAUGUUGCUGUGGAACAUCUCGAUGGCGAUAACAAAUAUCAAGCUGAACAGCAUGGUUUGCAGGAUGCUAAGAAAGGGGUCUUAUUUAUUGACUUUCCCCCAGUUCUCCAGCUUCACCUAAAGCGGUUUGAAUAUGACUAUGUGCGUGACAUUAUGAUAAAGAUAAAUGACCGCUAUGAGUUCCCUCUUCAACUUGAUCUGGAUAGGGAGAAUGGCAAAUAUUUGUCACCAGAUGCUGAUAGAACAGUACGCAACCUUUACACACUUCACAGUGUUUUGGUCCACAGUGGUGGGGUGCACGGUGGACACUAUUACGCCUUUAUUAGGCCAACUCUUUCCAGCGAGUGGUAUAAAUUUGAUGAUGAACGAGUGACAAAAGAAGACAUGAAAAUGGCUUUAGAAGAGCUGUAUGGUGGUGAAGAAGAACACUUGAUGCAGGCAAACCCGGGAAUUAAUAAUACUCACUUCAAGUUUACGAAGCACUCUAAUGCUUAUAUGCUGGUAUAUAUACGUGAAAGUGACAAGGAUAAGAUAAUGUGUCAAGUUGAGGAGAAGGACAUUGCUGAACAUCUUAGGGAGAGGCUGAAGAGAGAACAAGAAGAAAAAGAACAAAAAAAGAAAGAAAAAGCUGAAGCACAUCUUUACUCAAUUGUGAAGGUUGCAUGCGAUGAAGAUUUUAAUUGGCAGAUUGGGAAGCAUGUAUUCUUUGAUUUAGUGGAUCAUGACAAAGUUAGGAGUUUUCGUGUCCAGAAGCUGAUGCCGUUUAACAUUUUUAAGGAAGAGGUUGCAAAAGAAUUUGGUAUACCAGUACAGUUUCAGCGAUUUUGGCUGUGGGCAAAGCGCCAAAAUCACACCUAUCGUCCAAGCCGUCCAUUAACACACUUUGAGGAGGCACAAACUGUUGGACAUGUGAGGGAUUUAUGUAAUAAGGUCCAGAAUGCAGAGCUGAAGUUAUUCUUAGAAGUAGAGCUUGGACCGGACUUGAGGCCUAUCACUCUUCCUGAUAGGGUGAAAGAUGACAUUUUGUUAUUCUUCAAACUUUAUGACCCUGAGAAGGAAGAGCUUAGAUAUGUUGGAAGACUUUUUGUGAAGGACAUCGGCAAGCCAAUAGAUAUAUUGACUAAAUUAAAUGAGAUGGCAGGAUAUGCUCCUGAUGAAGACAUUGAAAUUUAUGAGGAAAUAAAGUUCGAUCCCAGUGUGAUGUGUGAACACAUAAACAAGAUGUCUACAUUCAAAUCCAGCCAGCUUGAGGAUGGGGACAUAGUUUGCUUUCAGAAGUCUCUCCCAGCCGAAGUUAGCCAGCGACUUCGUUGUCCAAAUGUUCCAUCAUUCUUCGAAUACCGGCACAAUCUCCAAGUUAUUCAUUUUCGGCCCCUGGACAAGCCUAAGGAGGAUGCAUUUUGCUUACAACUGUCGAAGCUUGAUACAUAUGAUGAAGUUGUAGAAAGAGCAGCUCAACAACUCGGAGUAGAUGAUCCUUCUAAAAUUAGGCUUACAUCAAACAAUUCUUACUCUCAGCAACCGAAACCUCAUCCCAUAAAGUAUCGAGGAGUAGAUAAUUUGUUAGACAUGUUGCUGCACUACAAUCAGACUUCUGAUAUUUUGUACUAUGAAGUCUUGGAUAUGCCUCUGCCAGAAUUGCAAGGUCUGAGAACACUUAAAGUAGCUUUCCGUAAUGCAACAAACAAUGAAAUGGAUAUUCACAAUAUUAGACUGCCCAAAGAAAGCACCGUCAGUGAUGUACUUGAUGAUGUCAGGAUGAAGGCGAAGCUGUCUCAUCCAGAGGCAGAACUUAGAUUGCUGGAAGUAUUCACCCACAGGAUCUACAAGAUAUUUUCAUCUAGUGAAAAGAUAGAGAGCAUAAAUGACAAUUACUGGACUCUACGGGCAGAGGAGAUACCCGAGGAAGAGAAAAAUCUUGGUCCACACGAUUGUUUGAUUCACGUAUAUCACUUUAUGAAUGAAGAAAAUCAGAACCAAAUGAAAAUACAAAACUUUGGCGAUCCCUUUUUAUUGGCCAUUCACGAGGAUGAGACUUUAGCUCAUAUCAAGAACCGUUUACAGAAAAGGUUACUUGUGCCAGAUGAAGAGUUCUCUAAGUGGAAAUUUGCUUCCGUUUCACAAGGUCGGGCCGAGUACCUUGAGGAUUCGGACAUUUUGUUCACUCGUUUACAGAGAAGUGGCGUGGCUUGGGAGCAGUAUCUUGGGCUGGAGCACAUAGAUAACACCCCUAAAAGGUCUACUGCAGCAAAUCAGUAUCGUCCCCCAUACGAGAAGGCUGUGAAGAUAUACAAUUAAGAGGCUUACCUGGUUGAAUCUUGAUUAAAUUAUCGGAAGCUCAAUUUAAUCAAAUACCAGAAAGUGCGAAUUGCCGUACAAUUCGUUUGGUCUUAUCCGAGUUGACUCGAUUUAUCUGAUACAUAUCGAUGAGUUUCCCCACCUGUGGGAUGUAUCUCUCUACUGCAAAAGGUCAAUUCGGUUGAAUGUUUGAUAACUUUAUUGCGUCUUUUUUUUUUUUUUCGUUGAGUUUGUUCGUAAAUUAUAUAACCUACACAGUUUUGCAAUAGGAAAUUUUGGCGUGUGUGUGUGUGUGCAUACAACUGUUGCAGAGAAGGUCAGCAAGAUUUUGGUUUCUUGUAAACAAAACACUGUAUAGGAUUGCAUGUUUGGGUUUCAUCAUAUAAUAUAUGAGACUUGUUAAGAGGAAGGACCAUUGACCUA